UCAUACAGCAGAAAUGCAUAUAUUAAAUAAACUGUCAGAGGUCGAAUUGACAGGUUCUGCUGUUUGUCUUAAACGUAAAGCAUCGCUGAAUUUCUGCAUUAUGGGCCUCAACGAUCUUAUGUUCUGGUAUCAGAAAAAAAUUGGAACUUAUGAUAAACAGCAGUGGGAGAAAACCUUGGAGCAGCGAUUCAUAAACCAUUUUAUAUGGAUUCCUGUCGCCAGAGCAAACUUCAAGACGAACUUGAUAGAUGUUGAUCUAGUGAGAGGGUCGUCGUUUCCCAAAGCAAAACCCGAACACGGAUUAUGCACUGUUGCUUAUCUGGCUGUCCAAAGGCUCCUGUUCCUCCCAUUGCACAAAUCUUGGUGGGUGCAGCAGACCAGUCCACGAAUAUUUUUACUCUUCUUACUCCUUUACUGCCUGCAAAUAUUUAACAUCGGCGUCUACUACUACUACUACUCAGUGAAGGACAGCAGCGAGCCUGAAAUUGUAUCAGCCUUUGAAGUCCUGAUUCCAGCCGGUAUGAUGCUGAUACUGUGCAUGGUGCACUCUCAGAUUGUUUCUACCAGCUCUGGGCGAGCCACGGCCAACAGUGAACACAGUGCCAAACCGAAUAGAUCGAAGCGCCGGAGAUGCCACGUGAACAAAAAAAAGACACAUCACAAUCCACUUGCUCAGGAGGCCAAGUAUUACCAUUAUACACGCCCUAAAGAAGCGAGUACUGCUGUUGGUGGAAUUUCAUCAUCCGUUAGAUUUGCCAAGAGCGUUAUUAUCCCAGAGCCCAGCAUCGUAUCUCCUAUCCAGCAAGUAUCCAACGAUGCUCGGGGACCAGAAGAGAAAGAUACAGCACCCGAUGCAAAUUUUCUAGAUGCACAUGACGGUCCUGUUGAUGGUUCUUUACCUACCAACAAACCAGUGGUGAAUGACGCUAAUGGUAAGGCACAUCCUGAACUGAUUAAAAUUCAACAAUAUAUUCAUCAAGAUGACGAUGGGUUUGAGAGCUUAAAUGGAAAUGUUUCGAGCGAAAUCGGAGAGAUUACUGCUAAUCAGCUGGCGACUCGAUUCGACUGUGAUGAAAGAAAGGAGAAAAAUGAGGAAAAGCGAUACUGCGCUGGAAAAUGUAAGAACUGGUACCAGGGUGUAAUAAAUGAUGGGGGACAGCAUCAACACGACACGCAUCAGUGCGAAUCAUCAGUGAACAUAGCUCAAUCAAAAAAAAGGAAUUAUUUGGAUAAUGGAAGACAGCAGAUGAAAGAUCCAACAAGUGAAGUCUCAGCCACAUUUGUCAAAUAUGAUAAGCAGUGCGAAAGUGAAGAGGAAGGUGAGUGUGAAGAUGCGGCCACACAACAUCUCACGGAAGCUACAACAUCGGCCACUGAAUGGAUGGGUGUCACCACAAACAGCGACGAAGAAUGCAGCUACAGUUCCGAACUAGAGGAGUCAGAGUCAGAUGUCGGGGUGAAUGUCAACCCGGGAGAAUCUUUGGAAAAUCCAUUCUCCUGGGAGUUUGAGAUCCCAAAAUUCAAGCGGAUUCCUUCUUGGUCGGCACCAGACAGUGUAUCGUGUACUAUUUGGAAAAAUGGACAUUUGGGAAAAGUUGAACUGUCUGUUCUUGAAAUAGCGUCCUUGAUAACAUACAGAGUCGAAGCCAUACGAGAGAGUAUGGACUACUUUUACUGUGGUCUUGUAUUUUCCAUAAUACUUUCUUUCAUACCAUCGAUGUGGCGGCUGAGUGAUCAAAUAAGAAAAGACCCCGUCGGUAACAUAACAGGGACCCUAGUUCUCGGGGAUUUGUCACAGGUCAUUUUGGACACGUAUCCAGAUACCCUGUGUCGAAUUAUUGAUAUAGCAUUUGGAACUACACUCUGGGAGCGCACGGUUAUCCUCAUAUCUUUUUUCGAGAGAUUGACGCUUUCUUGCCUCCUUUUCUUCCUGGUUGCUGUGGCGGAACGUACUUACAAGCAGCGUUUACUGUGUGCUAAAUUAUUUUCCCAUCUAACGUCUUCGAGGCAAGCCAGGCAGUCGGAACUCCCCCAUUUUCGACUCAACAAAGUUAGGAAUAUUAAGUCGUGGUUGAGCGUCAGAUCCUACUUGAAGAGGAGGGGACCCCAACGUUCCGUCAACAUGAUAGUGUCUGCUGUUCUACUUCUCACAUUGCUCUUACUGUCAUUCAUAAGCUUAGAGUAUAUAAAGGAUUCAGAAAGUCUACAUUCACAAUAUACCGUCGAAGCGCUCUGCUGGAGUUGUGCUCUCGGAAUAUUUAUCCUCCGUUUCAUGAUGCUCGGUACAAAGAUAGACAGAAAGUACAGAAACAUUUCGAUUCUGCUGACAGAACAGAUCAAUCUUUACCUACAAAUUGAGCAGAAACCGCAAAACAAGGACGAACUUAUGGUCGCUAACAGCGUGCUGAAGCUGGCUGCAGAUUUACUGAAGGAAUUAGAAAGCUCUUUCAAAGUGUCCGGUCUCCACGCAAAUCCCUACAUGUAUACCAUCACCAAGGUGGUCAUACUUUCUGCGCUCUCGGGAGUUCUGUCGGAGCUUCUUGGAUUCAAACUUAAGCUACACAAGAUCAAGAUCAAAUAAUAAAAUCUCAAUGUAGCCUCAACUUUGGGAAUGCGUUGUGUCAUAAUAAUGUGCUACGUGUAGUUUCGAUUUUCGAAUUCGUGGCAAGGUCAUAAAUUCUCUACCGGUCUACUUAUAUAGAAUAGAAUGGCACUGUAUAAGAUAGAGGUAUGUAUGUGUUAGUCAAAGGCCGAACUUUAUACAGCUCAAUGAUAUAAAACGCGUUAUGCAGUGGAGUACCAGUGUCCGUAGUUGAAGAUCUCAUACGUAUGGGAUCAUUAUAGAUAUACAAGAUGAAAAUUAUAAUAAUAAUAGCAACGCAUAAUAAUAAUCAUCGUCUUGUUUAACGCAGAAGAUCGUCAUUCUCUGGGAUAGUAAUGACCUUUGGAAGCUCUUAAUAAUCAUUAUGCAACACUAUUUCUUUGUUCGAAAUUUAUAACACAUGUAGUCAGAAGAACAGCUGUGGCUUUCUUUAGUUGCAAUCUAUUUUUUCUUCUACCGAACUCUCUCACGCAGCAAUCAAUGGUUCUGUUCUGACCGUUACGUCCAGCUAAUUAUGAUUAUCUAAGUUGGUUAUUUUAUUUAUCUUUCAUCCUACCGGUUCAAAUUAUCUCAUUCUUAACGAAUAAUAAUCAGCGAUCGAGUAUAUGGUAUCUUGGUAUUCAAACAAGGUCAGAAAGUAGGGGGGAAAAAAAUUUGUGAACAAAAUUGAUGAUAGGUUGAACCAGUAGUCGCAUCAAACGCAGCAUAUGUACAUACAUACAAUUAAUUGCAUAUUACGUUUCGAUUUGUCAUAAGCAUGUUUAUUGUAACGAAAAUCUCUAAACACCGUAGUUAUACCAGGCAACUUUCUGCAUUUGUUGAUCAUUCAACUAAUCACAGUAAGGGGUUGUUAUUGUUAUCGUUGAUGUUGCCAUCAUUAUCGUUGUUGUCGUUGUUGUAUUAUACGCCUAUAAAUCUAGAUACAUAUUAUGGUCGCAUGAAUAUACUCAGAUGCAGCUUUGACUAAGUAAAUUGGUGAACGAAAACGAAAUUCGAGUCUUAUCGUGGUGGUAAUAAGUGUCUUAGAAAAAAAGAAAUGGUAAAUAGUUGUAAAAAUAAAUAAUAUCGGACAAAAUAGAUAUAUGCAAUAAACGUUCGAAAUCGAAAAUUA